UUUCUGCAGGCAGCCAACCUUCACAUGACGACGGCGCGCACGCCGAAUUCCUCUAUACGGGACAACUAUGCUUUGACGCCGAGUGGGACCCUUUCCCAUUCGAGGUUCUUCAAAUGAACCUCCCGAUCGGGGAAGUUUGGGCGUCUUCGCCGUAGCAGCGGGACUACUUUCCAAGCAAACUUUGGCCAGUGUGGGCAUGUGAGAAACCUUUUUUUUACGCUUUCUGGAGAAAGGGGAGGCGGCGGUGGAGGACGACCUUCCCUUAACUCGUGCCCCCUGCCUAUGGACGACGGUGGUCCACUCUCUCCCAGAGCGAAUGCUUUCAGUAUCGCUUCUCUGAUUUGCGGCGCGGAGCAAGCAGGAAACGCAGCAUUUGACAAGCUGAGCACCGGCCCGCAGGACAAACCAGACGGGAACAAGCAGAGCUGCUGCACGAUGCAUUACAGCACGGUGACCCGGGAAAUGGAAGCAAUAUCCAGCCCGUGGCUGACGCAGCUGUCCCAUUUUUGCGAUGUUGCAGCCUUCACGACCAGCAGUCUGAGCAGCCUCAACACUCCGGGGGGGUACCACCUCUCCCCCUCCCCCGGGGACCCUUACACUCAACACGAGACCCACUUUGAGCCCUGCCCGGCCGCUCAGCCCAACUACGGCUACCCGGGCCAGGCCCCGCCGAGCGAGCCCGCUGGAACCCCUUGCUCGUCGUCCUCGUCCAACUCGACACCAAACAGCAAGAACAUGGUCAAGAAAAACCCCAAAGUGGCCAACAUUAACGUCCAGCUGGAGAUGAAGGCCUUGUGGGAUGAGUUUAAUCAGCUGGGUACCGAGAUGAUCGUCACCAAGGCGGGAAGGAGAAUGUUUCCAACUUUCCAAGUGAAAAUAUUCGGGAUGGAUCCAAUGGCUGACUACAUGCUCCUAAUGGACUUCUUGCCUGUAGACGACAAACGUUACAGGUAUGCGUUCCACAGCUCUUCUUGGCUUGUGGCCGGCAAAGCUGACCCGGCGACACCGGGAAGGGUCCACUAUCACCCAGACUCUCCUGCCAAGGGGGCCCAGUGGAUGAAGCAGAUCGUUUCAUUCGACAAACUCAAACUCACUAACAACCUCCUUGACGAUAACGGACAUAUCAUUCUUAACUCUAUGCACCGCUACCAGCCCAGGUUUCACGUGGUUUAUGUGGACCCUCGCAAGGACAGUGAAAAGUACGCGGAGGAGAAUUACAAAACGUUUGUGUUCGAGGAAACGCGCUUCACUGCCGUCACGGCAUACCAGAAUCAUCGGAUCACUCAACUGAAGAUUGCCAGCAACCCUUUUGCGAAGGGCUUCAGGGACUGUGACCCAGAGGAUUGGCCCCGGAAUCACAGGCCAGGCUCCCUGCCAAUAAUGAGUGCUUUUGCCAGAACAAGAAACCCAAUGUCAUCUCCUCCUCAGCAGAAUGGCACAGAGAAAGAUGACAGCAGGCGUGAAUACGAGCGAGAGCCAGGCGGCACCCCCAUCCACGCAGACCCUGCUCACCAGCUAAUGUCCCGAGUUCUCAGUCCAGCCCUGCCUGUCCCAGGAGGUCUCCAUGCCGUUCCGCUCACCGGCGGCCGCCCGAGCCCUCCACACGACCUCCGGCCGGACCCUCACACACUACCCCCGGAAACCCUGCACCACCAUCCCUACAAGUAUCCCACCACCUACGAACACUACUUAGGAGCCAAGACCCGGCCGUCCCCUUACCCUUUACCAGGCAUCAGAGGGCACACGUACCACCACCACAUGAACCCUACAGCCAACAUGUACUCAGCCACCAGUGGGCCGGCAAACUACGAUUACGGGCCCAGAUAAUGACUCCUAAACAUGCACUACAUUGUGGAAUUGGAACCAGGCCACAAAGGUCACACAGCCUUGAAACUUUUGAUGCUGCGUGCAAUCAAAGACUGAAAUUUCUCUCUAGUCAAUAAACCCUGCUGUAUUUAUUUAAAGAAUCUCUGCAGGAAACAUGGACACCUGAGUUAAGGUCUGCAGCGAACUCAACAGAAAUCGCUCUGCAUCAGCCAGCCUGAGCUGUUCCGUCGCCUAGCCUACAGGCUGAGGAGAACACGUUUGAUCACAGACUGGAAUUUUUUUUGUGUUGAAUGCACUUUUUGAUUUGCCUCAUUUUUAAUGCUUUCAAAAAAGCCAUAUGUUGUAUAAUCCCUCAAACUUGUAGGUAGACGACAUGUUUGCAUGCUGAGCUCAUCGGGGAGGCCGUGGAAGCACAUCCAAAUGUUUUUGUCUGGGGGGGUGGGGGAUCAUCAAACGUGAACUUUUUAAGCCGCUCUGAGAGGGCUUGUACCAUGGCACUGACUUGCAGCAAUUCAAAGUAAAUAAAUGAAGCAGAAUGACUGUUCUGUGUCUGUAAAAUGAACAUUAAAUUCCAAGUUAUCUAUUCAUGGAUUUUUGUUGCGCUUCUAUUGAAACGCAGAUGGACAGAUUUUGGCAUAAACAAACUUUAAAGUCAUAGGUUCUACAGAUAAAACUACAAAUUCAGCAUUAUGAUAAUGUGAUGACUACAAAAUUUUAGGUUCACAUCAAUAGUGAAUCAAAAUGGGCUACACCAGGGAACAUAUAAAAAAAAAAUUUGGUUUGGCAGCUUUUUUUUUUUUUUUCUUCAACAAAUGUUUAGGCGAGGACUCCAAAACUGACCUGAGUUUUGCUCUACCCUAUGACGUGUUGAACUAUAGGAUACCCGUUUUAGCAAUUGACAAAUAAAUUAAUACAUACAGAGUAUUUAACAUGUGCUUGUUUUAGGGGAGGAAAAAAAACAAUUAUUGCCAUACAAUGAAAGAAACCAGCACAAGUGCAAUGUUUAUUUAACACUACUAUGUUUUUACAAAGGAUAUGGCUAGUUGUAUGCAUGUAGUAACAACACUGUAAGUAGGUAAGAUGUGGUAAAAAACAGGGGGAAAAAAGACUAUUUUUUAUUCCGCACCCAGAAUUUAUAUGGUUGUCAGACGUAAAAGAUUUUUUUUUUUUUUAAAUAUUGGCCACUGUUAUUGAGGCUUCCACAAAAGGCAACAUGCUGUGUUGUACAGUACAUUCCCGGCUGUAAGGAUACAAUUGCUCACUUUUAAUGGGACAAUUUGGUGAAAUUUCCACAAUAGGACUGUUAUCCAUUUCCCCUAUAUGAGCAGUGCUGUUGUCUAGAUUAAUCGUACUUGGAAGGAACCCAUUCCUUUAGGAUUUGUGUUAUGAUAUAAAAGGGAAAUUUGUGCUAAUGUUUCAUUUUCAAUGUUGUUUUGCCUUGAGAGCAGCUGCCAUUGAGGAGAAUCCAGGGGAAAAGGAUGCCUGAGGCCAGCUGACCUCUGACUGUUUAAUGGCUUGUAAAAGUGUCAGAGGUUAAAUAAUGUUUCCACUCAUUUAAACUCAGGCUAAUUGAUUGCAUCAUUUUCUGUUUUGUUUGGGGUUGUUGCCCCUCUUUCAUAUUAAUUUAAAGAAUCUCACCUUUACCACCGAUUUCAACUUUCGCCUUACCAACAUAAAAUAAACUUUUACAUUCAUUCAUUUAUAUACGUACACAUACUGUGUAUAUUUUUUGGGGGGGUAAAUAAAGACACA